CCUGUUGAGAGUUUGCCUGCAUUGUUGAAGUUGUUUACAAUUCUCAACACUGUCCUUUGUCUUUACUAUGUUAACUCUCUUUUUUUUUUAAAUAGGGAUAAUCAGACCAGGCAAAUAAGGGAAGCUGUUUCAAAUGUGGAAAAACAUUUUGGUGAAUUAUGCCAAAUAUUUGCAGCAUAUGUACGAAAAACUGCCAGGCUACGAGACAAAGCAGACCUUUUAGUAAAUGAGAUACAUGCUUAUGCAGCUACAGAAACACCAAAUUUAAGGCUUGGAUUGAAAACUUUUGCAGAUGAGUUUUCCAAGCUUCAGGAUUAUCGCCAAGCAGAGGUAGAAAGACUUGAAGCCAAAGUUGUUGAACCUCUGAAAUGUUACGGGACCAUCAUAAAACUUAAAAGAGAGGAUCUCAAAGCAACUUUAACAGCAAAGAACAGAGAAGCAAAACAGUUAUCUCAGCUUGAAAGGACCCGUCAACGAAAUCCGUCUGAUCGGCACAUUAUUUCACAGGCUGAAAGUGAAUUACAGAGAGCCUCUCUGGAUGCAACUCGAACAAGUCGGCAGUUGGAGGAAACAAUUGACAAUUUUGAAAAACAAAAAAUAAAAGAUAUCAAGAACAUAUUUUCAGAAUUCAUUACAAUUGAAAUGUUAUUUCAUGGAAAAGCCUUAGAAAUUUACACUGCUGCAUUCCAAAAUAUACAAAAUAUUGAUGAGAAUGAAGACUUGGAGGUAUUUCGGAGUUCACUUUAUCCACCAGACCAUCAAUCCCGUUUGGAUAUUGUUCGUGCAAAUUCCAAAUCUCCCCUUCAGAGAACUGGUUCUUCCAGAACGUGUGCUGGAAUAGUUCAGCAGAUUUCUAGGAAUCACCUAAAGGAAGAGGAGGCAGAGGAAGAUGAUGAAGAAGAAGAGGAAGAUGAAGAAUUAGAGACCACUAAGGAGGAAAGAUAGCUCUUUCAACAACAAAAUAUUCCUCAAAUUAAAAAUGUUAAUUGUAUUUACACUUCAUGUUAAGACAUCAUAAGGACAGCCAUUAAAAUUGCAGAAAAAACACAUUACCUGACCACCUUAUGAUCUCUUAAUAGUAUAAAAUGUAAAAAAAAAAAGUUGCUAAAAUGGAAUUCAGUAGAUAUUUUUUAAAAGUUGUGCCAAUUAUAAUCACCAUGAGGGAUUCA